UAAUUCAGACAGCUCCGUCUCUCUGCAUCUUCUUUCUCCUUCUCGCUCGGUCCUUUUAAAUUUGUUUUCCUCUACAAUGUAAGCUUGGAUCAAUCAAGAACGAAGAUCAAGAAAGAGAAAGAAAAGAGAACAAUUUCUCCAGUCUCUUCGAAUCUCUUUAUGUUUGAAUUUUAGAAAGUUGUAGAAGAAGGUGCUUUUAAGAAUUUUGGAGCUAGAACGAACAUAGACCUUUAAGUGCUGUUUGUUUUAGGAAUUGACUAACAUAUGAAGAAUACUGAUUUAUCUUGUCAUCAAUAUACUAUAGCCAGAAGCUAAUGGAGGAACGUAUCAGCAAGGGACUAUCAUCGUUAAGGCAAGGUAGCUUUAAGUCCAGUUUGUCUGGAAGAUCAACUCCUAAGAGUUCUCCUACACAUCGGAGAUUGAAUUCAAGCCGAACUCCAAGAAGAGAAGCUAGAAGUGGUGCUGGUGGUACGCAAUGGUUUAGGAGCAACCGUGUAGUCUAUUGGUUGCUUUUAAUCACUCUUUGGGCUUACCUUGGAUUCUAUGUCCAAUCCAGGUGGGCACAUGGUCAUAACAAGGAGGAAUUUUUGGGUUUCGGUGGUGAUCCAAGAAAUAAGCUUGUGGAUGCUGAACAGCAAACACGACGAGAUUUGCUUGCUGAUGACAGUUUGGUUGCAAUGAAUAAUGGAACUAAUAAAACCCAGGUCUACGGUGAUAGAAAGAUUGAUGUGAUUUUGGCCAAGAAGGGGAAUGGCGUUUCAUCCAGGAAGAAAAGGAGUAAAAGAGCGAGACGUAAUAAUUUGCACAAGAUGCGUGGUAAAUUGAAGGCAAAGAUGAACAUUGAAAAUGAUAGCACAGAAGGGCAAGAACAGGAAAUUCCGAUGAAAAAUUCUACUUAUGGAUUACUUGUUGGUCCAUUUGGAUCUGUGGAGGACAGAGUUCUGGAGUGGAGUCCUGCAAUGCGGUCCGGAACAUGUGAUAGGAAGGGGGACUUUGCACGCCUUGUAUGGUCUAGAAGAUUAGUGUUGGUAUUUCAUGAACUCUCAAUGACGGGGGCUCCAAUUUCAAUGAUGGAGUUGGCAACAGAGCUUUUGAGCUGUGGAGCCACAGUAUCUGCUGUAGUUCUCAGUAAGAAAGGAGGAUUAAUAUCGGAGCUUGCAAGAAGAAGGAUCAAAGUGAUUGAAGACAGAGCAGAUCUUAGCUUCAAAACUGCCAUGAAGGCAGACCUUGUGAUUGCAGGGUCAGCAGUUUGUGCAACGUGGAUUGAUCAAUAUAUUGCUCAUUUCCCAGCUGGAGGAAGUCAAAUUGCUUGGUGGAUCAUGGAAAAUAGAAGAGAAUACUUUGAUCGGUCAAAGCUUGUACUAAACCGUGUGAAAAUGCUUAUUUUCUUAUCUGAAAUGCAGAGUAAACAGUGGCUUACCUGGUGUCAGGAGGAAAAUAUUAAGUUGAGAUCUCAGCCUGCUCUUGUUCCACUUGCUGUUAAUGACGAGCUGGCUUUUGUAGCCGGCAUUCCUUGUUCUUUAAAUACUCCUGCUGCUAGCCCAGCAAAGAUGCUAGAGAAAAGGCAGUUGUUGCGAGAUGCAGUUAGAAAAGAGAUGGGUUUGACAGAUAGUGAUAUGCUAGUAAUGUCACUAAGUAGCAUAAAUGCUGGAAAGGGCCAACUCUUUCUUCUGGAAUCAGCAGGCCUCGUGAUUAAUGAAGAUCCUUCACAAACUGAUUCUGAAGUUAAAAAAUCAAUGAAUAUCAGGCAAGAUCAAUCUAGUUUGGCUUCAAAGCAUCAUUUAAGAGGUUUGCUUCAAAAGUUGGGAAAUCUUAAUGUAUCUUCUACUGAAUUGAGGUCAUUUAGCUCUGCGAAUGCAACAAUUGAUGUCAGCGUCAACAGUACGCUUGGAAGGAAGAUGUAUGAUAGCAAAGGAGCACAGGAACACGCCCUUAAAAUUCUUAUUGGUUCUGUUGGAUCUAAGAGCAAUAAGAUACCUUAUGUCAAAGAAAUUCUAAGAUUUUUGUCUCAGCAUGCAACAUUGUCUGAGUCUGUACUUUGGACUCCUUCAACCACACGUGUGGCUUCACUAUAUUCAGCAGCAGAUGUUUAUGUCAUGAACUCUCAGGGUCUAGGAGAAACAUUUGGGAGAGUGACAGUUGAAGCAAUGGCAUUUGGUCUACCGGUUUUGGGAACUGAUGGUGGUGGCACAAAAGAGAUAGUUGAGCAAAAUGUGACAGGGCUUUUGCACCCGACGGGGCGUCCCGGAACGCGAGUUCUUGCCGAAAAUCUCCGGUUUUUGCUGAGAAACCAGAAUGCAAGAAAGCAAAUGGGGAUGGAGGGAAGGAAAAUGGUAGAAAGAAAGUAUCUGAAGCGGCACAUGUACAAGAGAUUUGUAGAGGUUCUCACCAGCUGUAUGAGAAGCAAAUAGCAUCAUCUAGUAUUUUGGAUCACUCUCAUUCUUUAAUUGGUUUUCAACAU